UCGGUAGGACCCGUCCGUCGCGGUUGUAUCUGGGAAGGAGAGAAAAUGGCGGCGGAGCCGAGCAAGACCGAGAUUCAGACUCUUUUCAAGAGGCUCCGCGCGGUCCCGACCAACAAGGCGUGCUUCGACUGCGGCGCCAAGAACCCGAGCUGGGCCAGCAUCACCUACGGCGUCUUCCUGUGCAUCGACUGCUCCGGGGUGCACCGCUCGCUGGGCGUCCACCUGAGCUUCAUCAGGUCCACAGAGUUGGACUCCAACUGGAGCUGGUUCCAGCUGAGGUGCAUGCAGGUCGGGGGCAAUGCCAACGCGACUGCUUUCUUCCGCCAGCAUGGCUGUACUACUAAUGAUGCCAACAGCAAAUAUAACAGCCGUGCAGCCCAGACGUAUCGGGAGAAGAUUCGGCAACUGGGGAGUGCUGCCCUUGCCAAGUAUGGCACUGAUCUUUGGAUAGAUAGUAUGAACAGUGUUCCUGGCCAUUCCCCAGAAAAGAAAGACUCUGAUUUCUUCACAGAACAUACCCAGCCUUCGGCCUGGGAUGUGCCAGCCUCCGAGCCUCAAGUUUCUGAACAGCCACCAUCCCAGCCCGUGGAGAGCACUGUCCCCGGACAACCUAAGCAGGGCCCCAAGGCCGACCUGCUCAGCACUUCUCCCAAAACCUCCCUGGAGUCCAUGUUUCUGGCAGCCCAAGGGUCUGUUCCUGCCAGAGAACUGAAAUCCUCGAUUAUUGGCAAGAAGAAGCCGGCAACAGCUAAGAGAGGGUUGGGUGCCAAGAAGGGGCUGGGCGCCCAGAAGGUGAGCAGCCAGAGCUUCAGUGAGAUUGAGCGACAAGCCCAGGUGGCCGAGAAGCUUCGGGAGCAGCAGGCAGCCGAGGCCAAGAAGCAGGCUGAGGAGUCGGUGGUCGCUUCCAUGCGCCUGGCCUACCAAGAAUUGCAAAUCGACCGCAAGAAAGAAGAGAAGAAGCUACAGAGCCUGGAGGGGCAGAAGCGGGAGCAGGCGGAGCGCCUGGGCAUGGGCCUGGUGUCCCGAAGCUCCGUCUCUCAUUCGGUGCUAUCGGAGAUGCAGGUGAUCGAGCAGGAAACGCCAGUGAAUGCCAAGUCCUCCCGGUCCCAGCUGGACCUUUUCGAUGACACGGGUAGCUUUGCUUCCGGACCCCCUAAGUAUAAGGAUAACCCCUUUUCUCUGGGAGAUGGCUUUGCUUCUCGCUGGGACACAGAUGCCUCCUGGAGUAUGGACAGGAUGGAGGAGAAGGAGCCAGAGGUGACAAUCUCUAGUAUCCGGCCUAUCGCAGAAAGACCCACAAACCGGAGAGAGGUCGAGAGCCGGCCCUCAGCUGUGGAAUCUAACGAAGCCCGUCAGAAGUUUGCAGGAGCCAAAGCCAUCUCAUCCGACAUGUUCUUUGGGAGGGAAAUCGAUGCCGAGUAUGAAGCCCGGGCUCGGCUGCAGCACCUCUCAGGCAGCAACGCCAUCAGUUCUGCAGACCUCUUUGGGGAGGCAGACGGAGCCCACGGAGCAGCGGGGGUGUCUCUGGGGAAUGUGCUCCCUGCAGCAGACAUUGCCCAGUUCAAACAAGGAGUGAAGUCUGUGGCUGGGAAGAUGGCUGUCCUGGCUAACGGAGUCAUGAAUUCUCUACAGGAUCGUUACGGCUCCUACUGACCCAGGGCCCAUGGCGGCUUGUCGUGGUGGUGGUAGUGGCGGCGGCGGCGGCGAGAGAAACUUGUGUUCCCUUAAGCAGGGAUGCUAGCCCCGUGGUAGUUGUGGGGGAUGUGUGUGAGAGUGUGGGGAUGUGUGUGAGAGUGUGAGUAUGUGUGUGAGCACGUGGGCAUGCGUGUGUGCGUGUUCUCGUGUACAUGCCAGCACCAGUAGGGUGGCCUUGGGAAUGCUGGGUGAGGGGAAUGGGCAAACACCAGCCCCCUUCUCCCUUCCUGCCCCCUCCCCCCUAGCCCUUUCCUUUCAAACCCUCACCUCCUGGGUGCUAGGUCAGUGUCCCCUUCCUUCCUGCCCUCCCUCCCGCCAUCACAGCUGCUGCUCCCCCACGACUCGCUGUGCUGGGGAGGGAGAGAAUUCUCUUAGUGUCUCCCCGAACCGGGCUGGUCUUCAUUCUCUUCCCUGCCUCCCCUGCCCUCUGAAAGAAAAGGUCCGAGGGUCUCGAGGCCUUUUUAGUGUCCCUUUGGUCUGACUUGCCAUCCUCGAGCCCAGAGGGAAUAUUCGGCUACAUCCCUUUUCGGUCUGGGCUCCCGAGGGAGGGAGGGGAGGGAGGCCAGCUUGGACAGAGGCCCAGGCUAGCGCCAGCCUCUAGGAAAUGGGCUGCACCCAGGGGUGCUGGGAGGGGAGAGACCUCACUUUGAGCUGUACAUAAGGGCUAGCAACUGGAUCCCGUUGUCUAAAAGUGCUCAGUUUUGAGCCAGAGUGGAGGCCCUUGUGAUUUCUCUCCUGCACCCCACCCCUAUUUGCACUAAUCACUUCUGCCUUCAAAGUGGAGGGAGGCCACGGCCCUUCCUCUUCCCUCCUUGGCUGGGGUGUGUCUGGGGCCAGGGUCAGCGGUUCCUCCUGCUUCGGAACCUCAGGGCCUGGGGUCUUGGCCAGGCGCUGUCCUAUGUGCUUUGGAUACCACAAAGCCCCACAGCACGGCCACUUCUUGGUUCCUUUCCGUGGGUCUGAGCUGUGGUCCCCAAGUCUGGGGCAGGUACGGUCUGGGUUCCCCUGAGCUCUCCCCCCACCGUCUAGAUGCUGCUGGGAGCAGUGGGAGAGCUGGGGAAGGGGAGCAGGCUUCUUGGGUGAGCUCUGCUUUCCCCUUGUGGGCUGGGAGGCUGCAGUUCUCUGCCCAGCUGGCACUUAAUGGUGUGGACUGUGCCACUGCUCUGUGAUCACUGUGCCUGGCCACAGAGGGCCAUGGAGCUGCUCAGCACCAUGGGAUACUCUCCUCUUUCCUUCCCACUUUCCCCCAAAGGGACAUGACUUGCUUUAUGGACUAUUUGUAUUAUUUGGAAAAAAAGUGGUGUCAAUAAAUCUCAAGCUGGGCCCAGGGCCCUGCUUUGGUCAGAGCUGAAA